AUGAAAUUCACAGCAUUCAAAGGCUGCCGAACUACGAAAAAAUCGACCCGGGCUCUUUUCCCUGCCUUCAUAGCCAAUUACAGCUAUUGUAUAGCUAGUAAUCCUUGGUAUUUUAUUUUGAUAUUUACUCUUUUAUCAAUUACUGGUGUUUAUUCCGCGUUAGUCGCGUAUCAGCAAUCCCUGUCGGAUUCAUCAUUGACUACUUGGUCUGCUUGGUUUGCAGAAUCUACAAAUGCUAGGCCGUCUGUUAUUACGAAGCAACUGUACCUUCUAGGAACAAAUUCAUCAGUAUAUUCUGAAGAUUACCUUUCAAACGCUUAUAGAUGGGAAACCAGUUUCCAUGAAUAUUUGGCCCACAACGAUUAUCCCUGUAUUAGGGACGAAAAAUCUUGUGUAACUAUUUCUCCAAUACCAAAAUUUUACGAAAAGGUAAAUCCAAUUGCGAAAUAUUCCUACACACAGUGUCUUCCUGAAGAACCGCGCUUAUCAAAUAACGAUACAAUUGCUGAAGGGAGAGAUUCUCUGAGUGCUUUUGUGAUUACUUAUUUUUUAAAGCCUGAACAAUUAGAUACUUUUGAUUCUGUACUGCGGAGUUUUAGUUCAGAUUCACCCCAACUGUAUGCUAGUACAAUUGACCGGAAUCCGACGACGGUUGUUGCUCAACUUCCGGAUAUUAUACGCAUCCACCGAUGGUACUUAUGGUUUGGAUUUGGAGUAUUACUAUACGGAUAUUUAUACCUGUCUUUAGUUCGUCUACAGGAUGUUCGUGCCAAGUUUGGUUUAACCUCAACAAUUUUUAUUCAGAGUGGAACAGCUUAUCUUUCCGCUUGUUCUAUCCUUUAUUUCUUUGAAAGGACUGGACCUAUCUGUCCUUGGCCAAUAGCUUACUAUAUAAUAAUCUUUAUGGACAUAGAAAAUUCGUUUCGUCUUUUAAGAAUGGUCAUUGCAUCGCCGCCGACCAAACGCGUCCCAUCACGCGUAAUGGGAGGGUUUACCGCUACCUUUUUAACAUCGUUGACAUCCUUAUUCACAAAGCUAGUGACGCUAUUCAUUUUAAGUUUCUUUGUAUACCCGCUUGUUCAAGAAUUCUGUUUGUUUCUCGCUUGCUCUUUUGUUAUAAGUUUUAUGCUGCAUAUGAGCUUUUUUCUCGCUGUACUUAGUGUUGAUAUCCGCCGUCUAGAACUUCAAGAUUUUCUCGAUGCUCCAACGUCUGCAAUUACCACAAAGUGGUGUUUUAAAUAUUUAGAUUUUUUUAAGUUUCUGUGGUCUCCUUGCAUUAUAAAUAACUUGGGAGUUUUUUCGCUGUAUGCAUACAUCAUUUUUCUUCAAUUAAGGUCGAGCAUGCAAAUUAAUGGCUUCUGGCGACUUGCUUCUCCCAACAUUCGCUUUCUCAUCACUCUCUAUCAUAGACUAGGUAGAAUCACUCGUGAGCGAAAGUUAUUUCCUUUAAUUACCACUGGAUGGUUUGCCGAUUCUUCUUUCCUAAAGAGUUUAGCACAAAAAACUGAUACGGAUGAACUUAUUUUUGCUUUGUAUAGACCAAUCAUUAUAGAUACCAUUGACCGAGAUGAUUACACAAGCAUAUACAACUCGUUUUACGAUAGACGAGUAUGGAGAUGGUCAACCUUCUUUAGCGUUCUAUUCAUCAUUGAUUUUGCCGUUGGUGUCUUGGUAAAAGGAUUACUACGGGGCUGGUCCGAUCACGAUGAGAACGCAAAUGAUGAAUCAUUACACCAAGAAAAGUUUUUGAUUCAACCCAUUCCACUUCAUCAUCAACUUGAUAUUCUAAAAAUUGCGAUUUCUAGCAAUCAUAAAAUAUUGGCUAGUUAUGGUUUGGAUAAGUGCCUUGUCGUCUGGGAUUUACAGACGAGUCGUGUAAAACUGAAGUUGAAUAAACAGCAAAUGCCAAAAACUAUCAAAACUUUUGCAAUUGAUCCAAAUGGAAAUUUAAUUGCUUUGUUUUCGAAAGAUAUACUGUAUAUCUUGGAUGUCAACACGCCUUGCUUGUUAUUCCAAUGCUUUUUCCAAUGCCAAACUAAAGGCAAAUUAGAUGCAUUUUGGCUUCCUGAUAAGCACUUAAGUGAGGAAAUAAAAGUAUACAACUUGGUGGUGACAGAACCUUCGGGCGAGAUUCAGGUUUUUCGCAUUAAAUUAGAUGGUGGAGUUGCAGAUAUAUUUUUGGAACAUAAAUUUAAGUUAGGUGUUGCCAUUUUCAAAUCUGUGCCGAUACUUUCUCCUAUAGCAAAUCGCUUCAUUUGCUUUACCGCUGAAAACAGGGUGAUAGUCUACACCAAAAAGGGUUCUGAAUGGAUACCUAGUAAUAUGAACGAAAAUAACAAAAUAUCAUCUGAAAAAAUCAAAGAUAUUUUUCCUAUUUCUCCAGCCGACAUACUUUUUAUUGCUGAUGAAAGCAAGGUUGCAAUGGUCAAUCUUAAGGAUAACCGCGUGAUUUAUAACUUUGCCAUUUCGAAUGUCGCCGAUGGUACUCUGACCGUCGGAGUCAGUAACAGCAGAUUUGUGAAAGGUCAAUUUCGCAUAUCAUCUAUAUCUUUUUGUUUUGUUCACCAAACGACAAGAAAUGUUGUCUAUCGUCAUUAUGAGAAUGCAGAUAAUGAGUCUUAUAUGGUAUUAAAUGAAUGGGACAUGGGUCCGAACCAGGUAGAUUUGCAUGACCCCGACAAUUCAAUCAUGGAGCAUUCGUUUGAAAGCCUUGAAGAAAGCAACCAUGAGAUGAACGACCUUGGUUCAUGGGUGAUGAGCUUCGAUGGAAUGUAUGUAUAUGGAAUAAGGAAACAAAAAAACAUAAAAAAGCCGCAUGUAUCUCAACCGGUGAAUUUGUACGCCAAUGCUUCCCUUCGUAAUCGAAAACAAAAGCUAAAUCAUCGCCAUGAGUGGACUUCUUAUGUACCGCUUCUAGAUUCGUAUUUGCAAGAAGUAAGACAUAAGAGAUCGCUACGAGGAAACGCAGGCUCUCAGUCAUGGGAAGUAUGGAUGUAUUCACAGGCAGAAAAACGCGAGCGGACAAGGCAACUAAAAAUGUUCAACCAACUAUAUAUAGCUGAUCCAGGUCCAAGCUUGGUAAUAUCCCAACGCUCAGUUGCUAUUACACUCGGAAAUUAUAUUACAUUCGUUGGCUAUGACAGCAAGAAUGCACGAGAGUUUUACUACGACAAUGUUUCCUACGAGAUGAACAUCAUUUUAGAGCAAAAAAGAAAAAGUUUGAUGUGA